AUGCAACAAUUAAUUGAUUUCUUCAGAUAUAUCAAUCCUUUGGAAAAUAAAAUGGUGGCUGUCACGGCGCUCGGUGAAUGUUGGCACAACUAUAUCAUCACGUGUUCCCGUGAGAUUAUAAAAUGGCAGAAUUGGGCAACUACAGAUUCAAUAUUCAAUUUCACUAAUUUCUUCGCAAAAUUCGGUCUCGCGUACGAUUUGAAGAUACUAAGGAUAGAACUGGUGACGGAAGCCAUAACACUGCAAGCAAACCUGUGGGAUUGGGGUGACAAAAAUCAGACGAAACAAAAUACAGAUGUAACAAUGGUGUUGAGAAAAGAAUAUUAA